GGGAGAAAUUUACUGAAUUGCAAAGAAACAAAGAAAUGUUAUUUGUAUAACACAAAAUUAACAUUAUUUUGACCAUUCUCUUUCACCAUAAUCUAAGUACAUUUUUUAAAAUUGCUUAAAUCUAAAUAAUUUAACGAUCCCUCGCGAUCUGCGCAUGCGUGCAAGUGGCGCUCCGUAGCCAAUCAAAACUUGCACUCUAAAUUUCAAACUAGCCGGAAGCAGCGACAGUCAUAAACAAACCUGCGUAGCAGAGCAGUUUUUGUACUUUUUCUGCUUUAAUAUCAACCACAAGAAAAUGGAUCUCGGAAAUGACUUGAUUAAUGAUCCAACUAAACUUUACAUUUACGAGAACAGACUGCAAACGUUCGUUGGAUGGCCGUUUGAAGAGGGUUGCGUUUGCACUCCAGAAAACAUGGCCAAAGCUGGUUUUAUUCACACUCCGUCGGACAACAGUCCUGAUGUAGCGCAGUGUUUUUUCUGUCUGAAAGAGCUGGAGGGAUGGGAGCCGGAGGAUGACCCAGAGAAAGAGCAUAAAACACAUUCACCCAAUUGUGAUUUUAUCUUACUGAAGAAGACAGUGGAUAGUCUCACAGUGGAGGAUUUUCUCAAACUUCAAAAAGAGAGACAGAAGUUUAUUAUUAAAAAGAAGUGUGGCCAAGCCAUUGAUAAAUAUGAAGAUGCGGUGAAGUUCAAGAGAGCCCAGAUCAUCCAGUCUGCGAUGGAUGAAGAAUAAUGAGCUGCUUUUUCUUUUUUCCACUUUAAAUCAUCAUUUUGUCUGUGUUCUUUGUAAGUGGUUUUCAAACUGAAAAUUGUAAAUGAUCUCACCUAUAUCACAUAAUCAUCCUUUGACACACGGUUUCAUUCUUUAUACUAUUUAUUUUAAACAAUGCUUUUAAUAAAACGACUUUGCCAUA